GUUUAACUUAGUUACACAGAUUCGGUGGAAUGUCAUCGUAAAGAUGCCUACAAUACUGAGAUGCAAAUGCAUAAUUGUCGGUAUGAUUGCUUAAAGUUGUACAAGCUUUAAUUAAGGUUUAAAUACCUAAUCAAUUAGCUAUAUACUAUAUAAAUUAUAUAUAAAAUUGAAUUUGUGUGAAUCGUGAAUACUGAACAACACCACUAAUCACUGAUUUUCUUACUGAAAAAUCAGACUACUCAAAAACUCAUUUCAAUGAUUAUGUCAUUAAACUCAUUUAAUUUAACAAAUGAUUUAUUGCUACACUGACAAAGUGACAAGCACUGAAAUAACACUAAAUCACUAAAAGUAGUAGCAAAUUGUUGUACAAUCUACAGGUGCUAUUUUGUCUUUUUAAAUUUCACGGGGGUUUGUUAUUCAAAAUUAUUAAAAUCAUUAUUAAAUAUUUUACCCCAAAAAAUAAAUAAAUAACUUGGACUUGAAUCAACUGAAAUUAAUGAAAUAGCUCAUUUAAAUUAUUUAAAUUUAACUCAUAUUUAUAUUACUCAUACAUAAUUUAAUUACAACAUAUUUUAUCAAUCAUUAAUUUAUUUCUUGACAUACCAAUACAUUUUUCUGAUUAAUAUAAUAUUAUUAUUAGGCUAUUAAUAAUUAUAUCCCUCAACAAUAACAUCAGUUCAGUGUAAAAUGGGGAGGAUAAUUUGUGAAACCAUUUUUAGAAAAAUCAUCAGUUGUCAAUAGGACAGAUAAAACACACUUAACAUUGGAUAGGAGAAAACCUGCAAAAGGACAAAACAAAAAGGACAAACAAUACUAUUUGACAAUAGUAUAAUUGGUACACAAUAAUAUAAAUUAUGUCACAUACAUGAUACUUCAGUUUCAGCCUUUAUUAUCUAACUUAAUAAUUACAUUAACUGGGGUAUGAUUUAGAAUUAUUAACUUUUAAAAAUACAUGCCUAAACAAAAAUAAGAAUUAGAAAAAAAUUAAUCGGUGAUCAGCCAAUCACAAUUAUCUUUUAAUGUAUAUUUUAAAAGAAUUAUUAAUAAAAGUCUAUUUUCCUAUGUACACCGUUAGAUCAGGUUACAAUGUUUUAAUUUUCAAAUUUAAUGAAUGUAUAGAUGUGACCUGACUAGAGACUACAAGGUUGAUUGUUUAUUUUAAAUAUUAUAUAAUUAAGUAUAAACCAAAUUUAUAAAUUAUAUGUGUAAAAAUGUAUAAUUUAAAAUCUAAAACUGUGCUCUGCACUUAAAAAUUAGAAAAUCUAAAAAGGCAUCUUGUUUACCAUCUCCAUGUUACUGUCAUGUGCUAUACCUUGAAAAAAAACAAUGUUCAGUUUAAUGAAGAUGGUUACUCAUGGUUGUGGUUGUAGGCAGUUUAAGCUUGAUUAUCUUAACUCUUAUAUUUUACAAUUCUUAAAUCCAAUGUGUUUAAAUUUUCGUAGGAGAUGCAACUGUUGGUAAAAGUUCUAUUGCGCAAGUAUUCCACAGUGAUGCAUCACAUUAUCCCAAAAAUUAUGUAAUGGUAAGAACAAAAUAUGGCCUAAAUCACACAUUGUCAUUUCCCAUCUGAUUUCAAAUAUUACUAAUUACUAAGACCUUUACAUUAUUUAAGAACUUAACAAACACACACACACACAUCCAACUUAAAUUAUUUCAUUAAGCAUUAGCAGAGUUUUUGUAAUGUCACUGGGAGAGUUAUUACAACAGUGUACCUUACCCAAUUUACUAAUUUGUUUCUUCUUUCCACAGACCCAAGGUGUUGAAUUGUUAGUAAAGCCAGUUAACAUUCCUGAAAGUACAGAUAGUGUGGUAUGUAAAUCUGGUCAUACAAAUGGCAUAAAAAUUUUGGGUUACGCUAUGUUUUGGCAGCAAUACUAUCAUCAGCCUGAACCAAUGGUUAAAAUAUCAAGAGAAGAAAAAAGCCAUUGGAAAUUACCAAAUUAUAUAUAUAGCUGUCUACAUUGUGCUUAAAGAGUGCUGGUCUAUUCAUGGGCGCCCACAGGUGGGGAGCAAGGGGGGGGGGGGCAUGUUUAAAACAUUUGACUUUGUCAGAUUUGAAUCUUUUUUUUUUUUGGUUUUGUUCUGCCUUUAAAAAAUGAUCUGUUAAUGGGGGGCUUUUCCCCCCCCCCCCCCGUUGAUUGGAUAAAAAUGUUUUAGACAAAAAAUUUAUUAAAGUAAAGAGAAAAUAAAGAGAAAGUAACUAAGCUGAUGUCCUGUGCGUUCGUUCACCAUACAAAUACGCUAAAGUAAAUUAAAACCAAAUUAAAACGUUACUAAAAAUUUUUUGCCCCCCCCCUGGAAAGUUAAUCGAUUUUUUUUGCCCCCCCCCUCUAGAAAGUUUUCUGCGGGCGCCCAUGGGUCUAUUAUAUAUUUUCAGUUAUUAAUUGAUGACAUCAUUCUAUUGCAGGUCGUUGUAUUUUUUGCAUAUGAUCUAAGGAUCAUGAAGCUUCAUUGAUAUUAUUGAUAGUGAAAAAUGGUGAAGGAUAAUUUUGUAUACCGGUAGUUACAUAGAGUGAAAUUCUUUCUUUUUUUUGCAUAUGACUAUCAAACUGUUUCUGUUUUGUUAAUAAUUAUGUUAAAUAAUAAUUAUUGGGGGUAAUUUUACUUAUAUUUCUAAUUUCUAUACAUGUUUCUCAGGAAUUUUAUAUCUAUGAUUGUGCUGGAAAAGAUGUUUUUGCAGAAAUUGUUCAGAAAUAUGUAAGUACCAGUACAUGUUAGUCAAAAAUGGCAUUAGUUAUUAAUUGUUGGGUUAAAUAAAUGUUCUUAAUUGCUUAUCAUUUACUUUUACAGAUGAUUACUUUUCAAAUAUGAUCAGGUAGGUGCAGUUUGUUUCAAAUCAAAUAUAAAUUAAAUUUACUGGAAAAUGAAUUCUUGUGCAUUUCAAUUUUAAUUCUAGUGGGAUCACCUAUCAGUCGUGAUGGUAGUCUUUGAUUGCACAAAUGAGAGUUCAUUCACUAGCUGCACUAAAUGGUUGGAAAAGAUCAGGUCCAAAAAUCCUAACAUCCACAUACCAGGUAUGUUACUGAACCUUUUCUAUCUAUAGAUUUGUAAAGAUAUUUUCUCGGUUCCAAAGAUAUGAAAUUUGAGAUUAGAAGAAAUAAAAAUCAGUCUCCAUUUUAUUAUUUCUGUACUAAAAUCAUGAACAAAAAAAAUGUAAUCCCUGGUGCUAAAGAUGACAAGUGCAAAUUGUUCUUUUGCAAAUAUUUUAUUUGUAGAUGUGUCCUAAUCUAUUUUUUCAUUGUCAUUUAUCAUAAUUUAUUGGUCAAUUUAUGAAGGCUUGAACCAUCAAGCUUAUGUUUUUGAGAGAUCUAAUCUGUGAAAAUUCCUACUUAGUAGGCCCAUAAACUAUAAAAGCAGUUAAACAUUUACUUAAGUUAUACUUUACCUAGAAAUAUUGAAUAUUUAUCUCAACAAGAAAGCAUAUAAAAUCUUAUGUGUAGUAGCUGAACUGUAAAAUAUAAACUAUUUUAUAAAUCAAGGAAUAUAGCUCAUCUUAUGCCAUGAAUUAAAAUAGAAACAAAAAUUAGUUAUUAAGAAAUUAGUUAUAAAUUGUCAAAAAAAAAUUCAAUUUGCUCAUUUAUUUCUCAACAUAUCAUUACGCUUUUCUGAUUUAUUUGACAAAUGAAAAUGAAUUCCUUUAGUUAAAAAAUAAAACAUUUGCCUGAUUAUAAAUACUGAUCAAACUUUUAUUUAGAUAUUGUUCUAAAAUUAUGGGAUUUCUAAUGAUCAGAUUACGUAGUAUUGGAUUUGGAUGUUGCUCUUUAAUAAAUAAAUAUAAUAGUUUGUUAAAUUAUUUUUAUUUCAUACUUGUACUGUUACUAAAAAAUUAGAAUAACCCUGGAGUUAUUUUUUGUUUCACUUGAGCGAAUUAUUUAUCUUUAACCUUACUGUAUAAAUUGUGCUAAUUAAAAAUUUAGUGUCAUGUUUGCAUGCUUGUUGUUCAGAUCCGUCAGUGUGAUUGUGUCUUUGACACUGUGUUGUGGUAAUUUUUUAUUAUAGAAACUCAAGAACUGGCGUUUUUAAUUGCUGGUUCCAAUAUGUGAUGAUUGGUAUCAUUAUGGAACAUGCUUAAAGUCUUUAACUUAUUCUACAGCCUACUUAAUUUCAGUGUUACCUGCUGGUGUGGGAAUUCAUCGUCCUAUAUUAAACACUGAAUCAACAGACUAAUCAAGAAAGCUAAGAACAUAACACGAAAUAAACAUCCUUCAAUUAAAGAACUAUUUGAAGGAAGAUGUUAUAAUAAAACUAAACAAAUUUUGGAUGAUACAUUCCACCCUCUCUUUAUCACCAAUACUUAGGAUCGGCCCAUUCGGAACGAAUUCUUUCUCUCAGGGCGAGGACUGAAAGAUAUAAAAAUUCUAUUGUUCCCCAAUCUGUGCUGCAAGUCCCUGAUAUGACUAAGAGAGUUCCCUGAAUGGCUGGUUUUUUUCACUAGUGAAAUAAUUUAAUGUAGAUGUCUUGUGUUCAAAUUGUUUUAUUUAUGUGCUGAAUAUGUACAAUGCAAUAAAAAAAACACUUCCAUUUUCUUGGAUCAAUAAAAGAAUCUUAUCUUAUCUAAAUAGUUGUCAGUUCUAAAAGAGAUGAACAUUCAACUCUCCCUUGUGACUGUAUAUAAUUAAAUAUUAUGUCUAUCUGACUUUUAUUAUGUCCGGACCAGUUGGAAAAUGAACAUUGGGAAUGAAUAAUUAUAAAAACAAUAUUCAGUUUAACAUAAGAUUUCUAACCAAUAAUUCUUUUGUCCCAACAAAAAAAUGAUCCAUUAUCUUAAGUCUGGUUCACCAGUAGACAAGUUUUCCACUACACCAGGGACUGGUGUCAGAUUUAUUAAUCAAUUUUCUUUAAUAGUUUUUAAUCUGUGAUCAUCCUUUGCGAAAAGAUUGUAUUAGAGGGAUUCUUUACCAGGAUAUCCCCCACCCUCUUGGGGUAUGUGAGGCAAUGUUUGGGGUGGGGGCUGGAAAUCACAGAAAAUCUUGUUUAUUUGCAUUUUUACUGUCAGGGUGUGGGAAAUAAGUUUUAAAAUCAAGAUAGUGGGGUGCUGGAUGUUUUGAAAUCAAGAGGUGGUGCGGCGCUGCAAAAAUGUUAAGAACCCCUGCUCUAUUAACUGCAACCAUUAAAUGUUAGCCUUUACAAGUUUUUGUUGCUAUGGCAGUUAUAAAAUACAAAAUAGCACGUUUUGGACACAUUUUAAACUUCUAAAGUCUUCUUAAGAUAAAAAAAAUUGUUGUAGGAAAAAAUCAUUUUAAUGAACUAUGACUUUUGAAUGCAGAAGGUGGGACUGAUUAUUUAAUAUUGACAAGCCAAGGAAAUCAUGGCUCGAUUAUGUCUGUAGGUAUUAGUGACUAUGAGAGAGUGGAUUUGCAAGACAAAUAAUUUUUUGAAGUUGGCUUUGAAAUGAGAUUAUAAUAAUAAUAAUACAGAAACUUUUAUCUUUUUUUUCAAGCUUCUUGACUAAUGUUUUGUGGGAAUUGCAUUAAUACCAUGGUUUAUAUCAAAAUCAUGAUAUGGUAUUGUUUAUAAAAGCUGUUCAUUUAUCAGUACUGAGCUGUUCAUUUAUUUGUUUUCAAUUUCUUACAUUACAAAUUUCUUUAUUGCCAGGUGUUUUAGUUGCAAACAAAAUAGACUUAGACCAGAGGAGAGUUAUCAGCCCUAAACAAGCCAGAGAACUGGCACAGUCAAAUAAGUUGGAAUAUUUUGAAUGUUCUGCUGUAAGUGAUGUAUACAAAAGAAGAUGAAAUAAAAUUGUCGUAAACGUUUAGGGCCAGAUAUUGCUUUAUGUUUCUAAUAACAUAGCAUAAAAUCAUGUGAACUUAUAUUAAUUACACUUAAAUACUUCAUUAUGCUAGUCAAGUAGAAAUUCAUUGUAAAUGUUUUAUACUUUGUCAUUCUGACUGAUAAUGACAAAUUAAAUAAUAUGAAAAAAAUUAAUUAUUUUAUGAUACUUAAACAUAUAUUUAUAUACUAUAAAUAUUCAACAACCACCCCUAAAAUUUUAGAAGAAUUCAGUAAAAAAAAUUUUUUUUUUAUUUCAGAAAGAAAUGCAACAUGUCGAUAUUCCUUUUUUUUUCUUGGCCAAUGAAUUUCACAAGCUAUACCAGGAGAGGGUGGAACUUUUUACAACUCUUGCAUAGUUAUUAACUUAAUUAUUGAGCAUAAAAAUUGUAUAAAAUAAAAUAUUAACAUGAUAAGACUACAGCAUGUGAUAGGAGCAUAUUUCUUUAUAAAAAUCAGCUCUAUUGCCCACUUACAGCAGUUUAACCCAUGGUAGACUUCUACUUAUAAAUGCAAGGGCUUACCAAUGUGUCCCUUUUUGACCAAAAUUGUACUGGUUUAGCAAUCUUGCCUGUUCAACAAUACAUUUACUGUAUUUUAUCUUCAUAUAAAUGUUAGGAAAGAAUUUACCAGAGUUUUUCACUAAUCAGCAAUAUACAAACAGCCUGUAAAUUACUGUAAACAAUUUGCAAAAGAAUAAAACCAACAAAUGUGAUGUUUUUAAGUGUUGCAUCAUUAUAAAUUUGACCCAUAAACUAGAAAUAUUUUAUAUUUCUAAUUUACCCCUUAACAGUGAAAAAAUUCAAUCAAUAGCUUUUGUUGCAUUUGGAUUUUCUUUAUAAAAUGACUAAUUUAUUUGCCAAAAUAAGAUAUUUCCCAAUCUAUUUCAGCUUAUUUUUUGGCUGAAUAAAUUAGUUAAUUGUUGCUCUAUUUGAAACAAAGGAAUUUAAAAAAAAUUUUUUAUGCAUCCCUAACCUUUUAAGAGUGAAUACAAUCUAAUAAAAAAUUGUUUUUGUACAGUAUAACAUCAUCAUACAAACAUUUUAGACUAGUGUGUUUCUAACUCAAUAUUAGACGGAGCAUGUUUAGCAAAAUUUGUCUGUCAAUCAAAUAUUUCUUGUAGAUUGGUCUGGUACAGAAUUUAUAAUUAUCAGCACUUAUUUUUUUCCCCUCUAAUUUAGUGAAGAUUUAUAUCUUCAUAUAUAAGCAUGGAAAACUGAAAAAAUCCAACAAUUCUUGUGAAAGAAAGUGUUCUCAAAUCUUUGCUUCCAUUCAAAACAUAGAUGAAUCAUUGAUACCUUUUAUUAUGAGUAAAUUGAUUAUGAGUCAGAGUUGGUUCUUUUUUCCUAAAUAUCGGACUGCUUGUCAGCAAAGGUGACAGUAAUGAUGCAUACUUGAACUUGUGAAAAGAACUGCAUACCCAGUAUUCAAAAGAACAAAAACACUAUCUUCCAGUUUAGCUAUAGAAUCUCUCAUAGGAUAAAGAGAAGAUUAAGCUAGAUUUGGUACAUUUGAUUAUGAAAUGUGUUGUAUUGACUUUUAAAUCCUUGUAAUAUGCAGCAACAAUAAUAAUAGAGCUGGUAAUGUGUAAAUUAUUUUUAUUCACAAAUAAAUAUAUAAAAUCUAA